GGGCAAACCAGUAGACCAUCUAACUAAUAUCUAGUGGUACAUUGAUAAGAAACUCACUAAGGUGAAAUAGGGUGGUGAAGAGUACGGAGUGAUUGCUCCUUGUAUUGCUUUUUUUGGUGGCGAGAGUCCGAGAUAUUAGUUCGGCUGCACGAGAUCUAGGAAGUCGCGUGAAGAAGGAGGCUUGCAUAAGGGGCGAAGUUUGUUGAGGCCGAUGUCUAGCAGCUUUUGCUUUUUGUCCUUGACAAUUUGAUCUAGGCCGCUUUCUUGAACCAUGGCUUUCAGGUCGUCGCUUAUCUUAACCUCCAGAAUCUCUCCAUGUCGCUUUUAUAAAAGAUGCCAUGGCAGCCCCAGCCGCGGGGGAAUUAAUUUGCCACUACAAAUUUCUUCCAGAAAUUACAGCAAUAUAUUUUCUGUCGUUACCUGAGACCACCUUGUCGUUAUUGCAACUCUGCUCCAUUCGCACGCGCAAGCAUGGAGGGUAAACACUGUUGGAGCAGCUUACCACUUCUUCUUAUCGCUUUUGUCCUGUCGCAAACCGCUUUUGGCCUUCCCAACUCAACCAUUUAUGAUCCACUGAUCACACCCGCUCCAAUCUUCGAUGUCAAUCUUCUACAAAAAAGAACUGCCGAUCAGACAUGCGGGUAUGUAAGCGGAGAUCCUAAUUCUCCUCUCGUAUGCCCGGGAAUAUCGACAUGCUCCUUCUAUAAUUACUACUGGGGGUGCUGCGACAGUCUUUCAUGCAAUAGACCACAGACCUGCGCAAACAUCGCUAGUCCUUACUGUGGGGGUGUAGCUAGUGAUGUAUGCGUCUUUACGCAGAUUGAGCGCUGUUCUGACCAUUGCGUAUCAUAUGUUCGCGAAACGGGCGUUGGCGAUUCGUCGCGCUACACAUCAUGGACAUGUGGCCCGACUGCCACUGAAAUACUGGUUUUGGCAACACCAACGAACGGCGGAGGAACGAGUGACACAGCUGCCGCAAAUACGGGGCCCAGCAGUACUUCAUCAAGCGAAAUAAGCAAUCCGACCAGCUCGACCGAUGGUACAACGCCAACUAACAGUCCCGUCCACCAUACACUCAGUGGUGGCGCGAUCGCAGGUAUAGUCAUUGGCGGUAUAGUAGGCUGUAUCCUUAUAUAUGCAUUCUUACUACUUGUAUAUGCCCUGUCACAGGACUGUGGAAGGAGGAACACCGAUCGUAGACAAGAUUGGAAAUAUACCUUUUUACGCGGAAUUGGAAUAAGGAGGAGUGACGGUAGUGGAAAGGAUUGGAAUCGCAGUGGUCGAGACGUUCCUACCUGGCUUAGUUCUUCUACAGGACAGUCGCGCUUGGAUGACGAUGGGCUUGUCUUGUCAGAUCUUAAUUAUGACCACCGAGAUCAUAAUUAAGAUUUUGGUGGCACCAUCUGAUUUCUUAAGAGCAUUCUGCGUGUGUUUGAGCGACGUCUAUGCUCACGAAACAGGGCAAUCAACAGUACAGGUCUUGGAUUUCUUGAGAACUCUAGAAAUACUAGAAUAUCAGUCCCUCACAAAUAUACAAAGGAAUGGCGCCAGCAUUGAGUUCGAUUGCUAUCAGAUCUAACAUGUGCUUUGUAUUAAGAUGCCGC